AUGAAGAUUUCUAAACUGAUGGGAAACGGGAAACGGGGUACUAAGUUUUCGCUUGGGUGCAAUGGCAUGAAGAUCAUAUGGUUUCAUGGAUAUGCUAAGAAGAACCUAAACUCGCUGGGAGCUUAUUUCACAACGCUUUCAUUUACAAAUCUGGAGCUUAAAGGUAACUGUAAUGCAAACCAUUGGGAUGAUGGUACUUUCCAAGGAGUUAGGAAGGUGUCCGUUCAUUAUGAUGAUACUAUAAAUUCUAUUACCUUCGAGUACGAGAACGAAGGCAAAGUGGAAACCCGUGAUCACGGGUUGAAGGCUGAAGUCAUUGGAAAAUACGCAGAGAGGGGAAAUUCUUCGAAAACAGUGGUUACACGUUUAUUAAUUAGAUCGUUGACUAUCAAAACAUCAAAAGAGAGGACCUCUCCAACAUUUGGAAAUGCGGUUGGGGACAAUCUUGUUGAUUUCGUGCUGGAGAGCAAAGGUUGUGCUCUUGUUGGGUUCUAUGGAUGGUGUAGUUAUGGUUUGGUACAUUCUCUUGGUGCGUAUUCUUAUCCGAUGCCUUUUGUUCAAGAUCCGGCAAAACUAGAAGCAUAA